UAUAACUCCAAGUAGCACGUUACUUUGUGUUAGCUGUUCUUGUGUAUAAUAAUCGCUUACACUAAUUUACCAAACAACAUUGCAAUUUGAACCAGCUUGGUAAUCCUUUGCUGUGACGCCAAAUGUACAAAGAAACCACUAUUUUACUAGAAAAAUACUGAACCGAAUCGAUGGACGGAGCCGUCGAGCUUGCACCGUCGAUGACAGACUUUUCGAUCGCCAGAAUAAUGGAACCAGAGCCGUUGAAAAGCACUUAUAAAAAAUACAUGCAACCGUUUGACGUUGCUGGUAAUACGGCCGUGGCCUUUGACAACAGACAAUAUUAUUCUGGUCCCCUCGCAACGCAAAGUAUUCAAAAGCACACUUCGUAUAGUUCUGCCAGUACAAGAUCAUCACACCCAAGAGACAGAUUCCAAGAUCAGAUUCGGGCUCCGUUUACUUCUACGGCCGAAUCCAACGAGUUCGAGUGUCCUGUAUGUAGUAAACGGUUUCAAGCCCACUACAACCUAACGCGUCACUUACCGGUUCACACGGGCGCCCGACCGUUUGUGUGCAAGGUAUGCGGUAAAGGUUUCCGACAGGCUUCCACAUUGUGCCGGCAUAAAAUCAUUCACACCCAAGAACGCCCACACCUGUGCCGAGUUUGCGGCAAGUCGUUUAACCGCAGCAGCACGCUCAACAUGCACAUGCGCAUACACUUGGGCAUAAAACCGUAUUUUUGUUGGAUUUGUAGCCGUUCGUUCCACCAAAAGGGCAACUACAUCAAUCACAGUCUGACUCACAACGCUGUCAAACAGUACCGGUGUACAGUGUGCGCAAAAGCGUUUCACCAGAUGUACAAUCUUGCUUUUCAUAUGCACACUCACAAAGACCGGAAACCGUACCAAUGCGACAAGUGCGGCAAAGGGUUUUGUAGAAAUUUCGACCUGAAAAAGCACCACAGAAAAAUGCAUCCGGACGAUGACCAGAAUCCGGUUACACUCUUUUCCGUCGGUUCAAAAACUAAGUGUUCUAUCUAGAUACUUUUUUUCAGUUCAUCAGCGCCGUAUAAUUAUCUCUAUGACAUUCCGUCAAAAAAAAUAGUAUAAUAAUAUGGUGAUUAUUGUAUAAUAACCGAAAAAAAUCUAUAACUGUAUAAUAAUAUGUCUAUGAGUAGCAAAGAUUAGAUAAAAUCAGA